AUGGUAGCAGUCGACGGCCAUAUCUACUCCUCGGUGCCUCCUCCCCGACGAGUUCCCAGAUCCUGCCCUCGUCCCCCCACUUCUCGCACGUCGACUCGACCCUCGAAUCCUCGAAUCCUCGAAUCCUCGACCUUCAGGCAGACCACCGUCGCCCCCUCCAGUCCUCCUUCUAGUCCUGCCGCGGUCCAUCGGGAGAGAGUCCGACUCAUCGCAUCUUUCGGGCCCCGCGGGUUCUUCUGCUGGCAGCGACUGCUCGGCCUGAUACGAGGUCACACGGUUCGCUAUUGCGACGCUCCUCGCCUCUUCGCUCGACGCCCGAACCCCUCCGUGAUCUCCAGAAAUCUGGCCCUGGACACGCCUUCUCGGGACAGCUACUAUAGCUGUCCCGAUCUGUCGUCGCUGCAGAUUUCCCACUACUCUGCCGCGGCAUACGGAAUCGACCAGGAUAUCAGCACUGAACCCGAGCCCGAUCGCUCGCCCUCGCCCGACUCCGCUGCCCCGCGCAGCGUCAAGAAACGCUCCAAGGGCCACGCCGUCUCGAGAAAAGCGCGCGGCGUGAUCGGCAAGGUUCGCGCAUUCCAGCGGAUCGCGACUGCCAAAAUGGCGCAUCCGGCCAUCAAGAUCGACACCAGCGUGCAGCCAACCAAGCGCGGCCUGCCAGACAAUGAUGCGGGCCUCGAUCUCCCUAAGGACGAACAAGGGAACCCCCGGUUGGAGGAUGGCAACACCGAUGAUGUCCCGCCGUUCCUGUGUCAAUCAGUCUCGGAGAUUCACGACAAAUUCGAAGACCUCGAAUGGAUGCAGAGGACUCGCAUCGCCGAAGGCACCCUCUCCAAUGAUCCGACUCAUCCCUUUGCCCUCGAGGGCGAUCCCCGGGUCAAGGCGAGAAAUCGAUACUUCAACGUGCAGGCAUGGGCCAACUGCCGGAUCCAUCUGCGGGUGCCCGACGGAGAAUGUGACUUCAUCAAUGCCUCGCCGAUUGUCUUGAGGGACACGGUGACCGAGGAGCCGCGCAGAUAUAUAGCAACGCAGGGACCAAAGCUCGGGCAUCUCGCUCACUUCUGGCACAUGGUCUUCCACGAAAGCAAGGAAGUGGGCGUCAUCGUCAUGCUCACGCAGACUUUCGAGGCGGGCCGCGAGAAAUGUGCCCAGUACUUUCCGUUGAACCGGGAGCAGCCUUCCAUGACCCUCACCCGGGAUGAACCGGAUCCCUUUGUGAACGAUGACUCCGAUCAAGACGACACUGGUGUGAUCGGAACAGUGACCCUGCUCGAGUCGACCUUUGAUGCGAAGUCACGAUCGGAAAUCCGCAAAUUGGAACUCACCAUUGGCUCAAAGACGAAGAUCGUCUGGCAUUUCCUAUUCGCAGGUUGGGCGGACUAUUCCAAGCCCGAAGGCCAUGAUCGUGAGGCGCUGCUCCAGCUGAUCAAGCUCUCGGCUUCCAAAUGCAGCUCCGACAAUCCACGUGUGGUGCACUGCAGCGCAGGGGUUGGUCGGACCGGGACGUUCAUUGCUCUGGACCACCUGCUGGGCGAACUCGAAUCGGGCCAGCUGCUGCAGGUAACCGACGCUGAAACGGACCCUGUUUUUGAGACGGUCAACCAGAUGCGUGAGCAACGCAUGAUGAUGGUCUAUAACGAGAUGCAGAUGCAGUUCAUCUACGAGGUGCUGCGGGAGCAGACCGACGUCAAGCUGGGCAAGAUUUCGGCCCACGGUGACGACUCGCCGGCCAGCCAAGAUGAGCCGCGCUCCGCAAAAGUGGCUAAACUGAAUGACCAUGCAGACUAUCUGCCCGCGUCAAAGCCCGAGUUGGAGGCCGUCUCGGACCGUGUUUCAACUCCGACGCAAAGCUGGUCCGGAACGCCUGAGGGUUCUGACAGCGACUAG